AUGUCAAAGCAAACCGUUUUUGUCUGUGGUGCUACCGGCACAGUCGGCGGUGCAGUUGCCAAAAAUCUCCUCUCGGGCGGCAUCGCCGUACAUGCUCUUGUUCGCAACCCUGAAACACCUGCCGCAAAAGCUCUGUCGGCCAUGGGCGCCUUGCUUACCCCCGGAGACUACGAGAACGAGGACGUCCUCCAGAAAGCAAUGGUCGGAGUUACAGGAGUGUGCCUCAAUCUAAGCCCGAACUUUGCCGACCAGACCUGGGAGUCGAGGACGGCAAAGCGCAUCAUGUCGACGUUCCAGCAGUCCCCAACGCCUCUGAAGACCUUAGCUUCAUACUGGAUCGGCUCUCUCUACCACAAUACAUGCGUCCAGCCGUGA